AUGUCCUGGUCACAGAAGAACUUCUCCCUUCCCACCCGCAGCCGCGGCUCCUACCUCAUCACCGACCAUGUCCUCCAAGAGGUCCCCGAGAUCCGGGACUACAAAGUCGGCAUGCUGAACCUGUUCGUGCAGCACACCAGCUGUGCGCUGUCCCUGAACGAGAACUGGGACGACGAUGUUCGCGCCGACAUGAGCGAUGCCCUUGAUCGCAUCGCGCCCAUGGACAAGAAGGGAAACCUAUACCGUCACUCGGCCGAGGGCGAAGAUGAUAUGCCGGCGCAUAUCAAAUCUGCACUCAUUGGCGCCUCGGUCAAUAUCCCCAUUACCAACGGCCGGUUGGCGACUGGUACCUGGCAGGGAAUUUGGUAUUUGGAGUUCCGCACGAGUCGACACAGCCGGAAGGUUGUCGCGACAAUCCAGGGCCAAAAGGCAUGA